GUUUCUUUUUAUUCCAAAAUCAAAAACUCAAAUCAUUUAUUUUAGUUACCUUGUACCAAUUGCUACUCUUUACUUGAAAUACCAGAAAAAUAAUAACUACUAAAAUAAUUUCACUACUCAUUUUUUUAUUCAUUCAGACUGUAAAUAAUUCAAUUCAAUUUUUGACUGUCACAAUUCAUGCUGUUUGCCGGUUGUCUUUGUGGUGAUCAACAGUGUUAAUUAUUGAACUUAUUUUUCCGAACACCACUUAAUUAUUUUAAAAUGGAAGACAUGGAAUUAAAUCUAGAGCAGAAUAACACCAUUUCACCAAACGUGACUUCCAAAGUUUCUGAUUUUAUAAAUGCUGAACAAGGCGGUUUUAUGGAAUCUUCUAUUAAUUCUAAUAAUAUCCAAUUGGACGGUGAAAAAAAUAAAGAAGCUCUUCUCCCUCAACCAUUGAGUGAAGGUGAACCAAAUGUACAAGCUUAUCAAGAUAUUUUAGGUUCUGGAGAUUUAAUGAAAAAAAUCAUUAAACAAGGAACUCUUGAUGAACGGCCAAUGAAAGGUGAACAAAUUGUUAUAAAUUUAGUUGGUCGACUUGAAGAUAAUGAUGAUAUAUUUGAAAAAGAAGAAAAUUUUGAAAUCACUCUUGGUGACUGUGAGGUAAUUCAAGGUGUUGAUUUAGCUUUAAGCUUAAUGAAUGUAGGUGAAAUAGCUGAAUUGAAAAUAGCAUCACGUUUUGGUUAUGGUGAAAAGGGAUUGAGUCCAAAGGUUCUAGGUGGAGCUAGAUUAGUUUAUACUGUAGAACUACUUACUGUAAAACCAGAAAUACUUCCAGAUGACCUUACUCCAAAUGAAAGGCUUAAAAUUGGGCUCAAAAAAAAAGAUAAAGGAAACUGGUGGUAUGCACGUAAUGAAAACACUAUGGCUUUACACAUUUAUCGAAAAGCUCUUCAAUAUUUUGGCGGACCAGGAGAUACAAUUGGUUCAGAUUCAGAACAAAAUGAUAUUCUAUGCGAACGUGUCAAGACAUUAAAUAAUAUGGCUGCUGUCCACAUGUCUAUGAAUAGUUUAGAUCUAGCUUUAAGUACAUUGGAUAGUGUACUCGCUGUUGAACCUCGUAAUGAAAAAGCAAUUAUGCGUAAGGGUAAGGUACUAGCAUUAAAAGGACAAAAUGUGGCAGCUGCUCGUGAGCUUGAAAAAGCAUUGCAAAUAAAUCCAAAUAAUAAAACUGUCCAGAACAUUCUCAGCAAUGUUAAAGCAGCAUUAGUCAAAGAGAGAGUGCAAGAAAGAGAAUUAUAUAAAAAAAUGUUGGGACAUAAAGAUGAUAAUGAAAAAUCACCAAAAGAUGAAAAAAAUACGAGCACGACAUUUAUAAUCAGUGGGCUUGUUGCUGGAUUAGCAGUAAUUUGUGGAUACUGUUACCUUAACAACAACUUUCCUUUCAGCAAAUUUAACACUUUAUAGUUUUUUUUAAAGUUUAUUCAUUAUUUCUUACAUUCAACAAUUAAAACAUUCUAUUCUGUUUAUUGUGAUUCUAUUUGACUACAAAUAUCUUCAAUUUAAUUUAAAACAAUAUUUUUUAAGAAAAAGAUUUGUGGCCAGCUAAAAUAUGUUAUAUAAUUGUAUUGUUUUUAUGCAUUUUUAAUUUUAGUUUUUUCCGUGUUCAUUAUUAUAUUAUUUUGGUACUUUUUGGUAUUGUUGUUUUUGUAUAUAUUUAUUAAUAGGUAAUUAAAAUAUGAUUUUACUG